UUCAAGGACUCUUCAGACUCUUCAGUCAUAGAAACAACAUUUUUGAGGAAUACGUCGAAAAUGGCGGCCUCCAUUCAAGACAACACUGGAAGAUUGAAGGGUGUGACUGUAGUAAAGCCAGUUGUGUAUGGUAAUAUCGCACGUUACUUUGGGAAGAAAAGAGAGGAAGAUGGCCAUACUCACCAGUGGACAGUCUAUGUCAAGCCAUACAAGAAUGAGGACAUGUCUGCAUAUGUCAAAAAGAUCAACUUCAAGUUACAUGAUAGCUAUCCUAACCCUAAUAGAGUUGUGACAAAACCUCCUUAUGAAGUGACAGAGACUGGAUGGGGCGAGUUUGAGAUUAUUAUUAAGAUUUACUUCAAUGAUCCUGCCGAGAGACCAGUGACCAUCUAUCAUUUGCUGAAACUAUUUCAAAGUGAAACAGAUGUAAUGCUUGGCAAGAAGUCGCUUGUUGUCGAAUACUAUGAUGAAAUGGUUUUCCAAGAUCCCACCACAGCCAUGAAUUCCAUGUUGGCCAACACAACAUCCCUGGGAAUAGGGCCAUACAAACAUGAGACUGAUUUUGAAGAGAAACAAGAAAGGACCAAGAACAAGAUCACUAAUGCCCACAGCAAGAUACGCUUUGAAAUUGACCAGAUGAAUGAUAAACUCAAGAAGUCCAAGGAUGCAAUUGCCAAGAUGAAAAAAGACAUUUCAAAAUUGGAAGAGUCAGUCACAGUUGAUCCUGACAUAUCAUUAUAGCAUUUCUUUUGUAUGUAUGUUGUAUAUUUGUUUUUCAGUGUCUUUUUGUAAUAUAUUGCAAUUUAGUGUUUCUUCUUGUGUGAGUAUUUUGAUGCUGAGAAAGAGAAGCAAGGUGUGUAUUUGGUAGUGUGUGUGUGUGUGACUGAUGUGUGAGGAUUAUAUGAUACUGAUACGUUGAAAAUAAAAAUCAUUCAUUGAAACCUCCUCUAUUGUAAAUUCAUGCAAUACAUGUAUAUUGUGGGUUUGUACAGCAUGAGUAUUUGAUAGUGAGGGUAGCACUGACACUCAGUAGUUAAACAAGAAAGCUUUUUUCCAACUUAGAAAUGCUUCAGCAACUGAUAAUUAAGCUCUGUUCAGAUGCUUGAAUUUCAAGUUAAGGCAGCAAAUUUCAUUCAUUUUGUUCAUUUCAAAAACUUCUCACAGACUGUAUUGCCCGUUUCAUAUAAAUAUGAACACUUUUUUACCAUUACCAUGUAAACUGCUGAAGCGUUGGUUGUAAAUAGCUUUAUCUAUUGCUUUCAGUACUUUCAGUUGCUAAGUGAAUGCUUGAAAAGGAUGUCAGUUUAGAUGUGCAAUGAUUAUGAAUAUUUUUUAUGA